AUGUCUUUCAUUUUUGUGUACAAUAAAGCGUUCAACGUACAGAAGCAUUCACAGCCGUCGGCAGAUUCGGAGCGGGACUGGACCGAGGAGCCGGCCCCGGCCACCCCCGGCACCCUGUCCACACGCGGCAGCGAACUCAGCCUCUCAGACCAUACACCGGAGGCGUACGAGUCGCUCAAGCAGAUCAAGGACACCUGGGAGCAGGGCAUCGACAUGUUUAAUCGGAAGCCGAAGCGCGGCCUGGCGUUCCUGCAGCGUCAGGGUCUCCUGAAGGACACACCGGACUCGAUCGCGGCGUUUUUCCACGAGGAUCACCGGCUAGACCGGACCGUGCUGGGAGACUUCCUCGGCGAGCCCGACCAGCAGCAGGUCAGCAGCAGGAGAGGCCAGGGGGCCAGGGCCAGCGGCUGGUCAGCAGCAGGAGAGGCCAGGGGGCCCGACCAGCAGCAGGUGAUGGAAGCGUGGUCGCGAUACUCGGCCUGA